UGUGGAAUGGCUGAUGGGUUCAAACCACUGACCUUUUGGUUAGCAGCCAAGUGCUUAACCACUUUGCUGUCAGAACUCUUUCCUAAAUGGACAUAGUACCUACCGCAUGGUUAGGAUAGAAUGAGGUAAUCUGUAUAAAGUAUUUAUCUUAGUGCCUCAGGCGUAGUAGAGGCUCAAGAAAAUAGCUGUUGUUUAGGUGUUCUUGUAGCACAUGUUGAUUGAGGGCGUAUUAUGCACUGACACUGUGCUGGACGCUUGAGAUGCAAAGGUGAGCAAAUACAAAGCCCGUGCCCACAUGGAGCUUACAGUCUAGUGGGGAGGUAGGUGUUAAUCAAAAGUUAUGCAAAUAUAUCAUUGCAGACUUGGGUAACUGCUCUGAAAGCGAAUACAGGGAGAGCGGGGGUCUGGGAUGACUUCCCUGAGAAAGUGAUGUUUGAACUGAGGUCUGAAGGAGUGGGCAGGAGUUCACUAGACAAAGGGAUUGGGGGUGGAGGAUGCGGAGGAGACUGUUCCAAGCAGAGGAGAUGGAAUGCACAGUGGUCCUGAGGAAACGAAAGGAGGCUACUGGCAUGAACGUAGACACACGAGAGAAAGUGGUGAGACGUGUUGCAGGAGCAGUCGGCAGCCCAUGCAGGCCUUGGGAGCCACGCUCCCUUGGGGCCAUGUCGGAGCGAGAAGAGCGGCGGUUUGUGGAGAUCCCUCGGGAGUCGAUCCGGCUCAUGGCAGAGAGCACGGGCCUGGAGCUGAGUGACGAGGUGGCCGCCUUGCUUGCAGAGGAUGUAUGCUACCGCCUCAGAGAGGCCACACAGAAUAGCUCUCAAUUCAUGAAGCACACCAAACGGCGGAAGCUGACUGUAGAGGAUUUCAACAGGGCCCUCCGAUGGAGCAACGUGGAGGCCGUUUGUGGUUAUGGAUCCCAGGAGGCCCUGCCCCUGCGCCCCACCAGGGAGGGGGAGCUCUACUUUCCUGAAGACCGCGAGGUGAACCUGGUGGAGCUGGCCCUGGCCACCAACAUCCCCAAAGGCUGUGCUGAGACGGCUGUGAGAGUUCACGUCUCCUACCUGGAUGGCAAAGGGAACCUGGCACCUCAGGGAUCAGUGCCGAGCGCUGUGUCUUCGCUAACUGAUGACCUUCUCAAGUACUAUCAGCAAGUGACUCGGGCCGUGCUGGGGGAUGACCCGCAGCUGAUGAAGAUUGCUCUCCAGGAUCUGCAGACGAACUCCAAGAUCGCAGCGCUUCUGCCCUAUUUUGUUUAUGUGGUCAGUGGGGUGAAAUCUGUAAGCCAUGACCUGGAACAGCUGCACCGGCUGCUUCAGGUGGCACGGAGCCUGGUUCGGAAUCCACAUCUCUGCCUGGGGCCCUACGUCCGCUCCCUGGUAGGCAGUGUCCUGUACUGCGUCCUGGAACCACUGGCUGCCUCCAUCAACCCCCUGAAUGACCACUGGACGCUGCGGGACGGGGCGGCCCUCCUACUCAGCCACAUCUUCUGGACUCAUGGGGACCUUGUAAGUGGCCUCUACCAGCAGAUCCUGCUCUCCCUGCAGAAGGUCCUGGCAGACCCUGUGCGACCUCUCUGCUCUCACUAUGGGGCAGUGGUGGGGCUGCACGCCCUGGGCUGGAAGGCUGUAGAACGAGUCCUGUACCCACACCUGUCCACUUACUGGACAAACUUGCAGGCUGUGCUGGAUGAUUAUUCAGUGUCUAAUGCCCAAGUCAAAGCAGAUGGGCACAAAGUCUACGGUGCCAUUCUGGUGGCCGUGGAGCGACUGCUUAAGAUGAAGGCCCAAGCUGCAGAGUCCAGUAGAGGCGGCCCAGGGGGCAGGGGAUGCCGGCGCCCCGACGACCUGCCCUGGGACAGCCUUCUCCUGCAGGAGUCACCCCCCGGGGGUGGUACGGAGCCAGGCUUUGGGUCUGGCCUCCUGCUGCCGCCAGGGAGCGUGAGGCCGGAAGAUCCCUCCCCUUCGGUGACCCUGGCGGACAUCUACCGGGAGCUCUAUGCCUUCUUUGGUGAUAGCUUGUCCACUCGCUUCGGGACAGGCCAGCCUGCACCCACGGCCCCACGGCCGCCGGGGGACAAGAAGGAGCCAGCGGCCGCCACGGACUCGGUGCGGAAGAUGCCGCAGCUGACCGCCAGCGCCAUGGUAAGCCCACAGGGCGAUGACAGCCCCAGGGGCGCCGGUGGCGGCCCCCCGUCGGCCUCCGCGCCUGCCGCCGCCGAGAGCCGGCCGCUGCCGCGCGUGCACCGGGCGCGGGGGGCGCCUCGGCAGCAGGGCCCAGGCACCGGCACCCGCGACGUCUUCCAGAAGAGCCGCUUCGCCCCGCGCGGCGCCCCGCACUUCCGCUUCAUCAUCGCCGGGAGGCAGGCGGGGAGGCGCUGCCGCGGGCGCCAAUUCCAGACGGCCUUCCCUGCGCCGCACGGGCCCAGCCCGGCCUCCCGCUACGUGCAGAAGCUGCCUAUGAUCGGCCGCACCGGCCGGCCGGCCCGCCGCUGGGCGCUCUCCGACUACUCGCUCUAUCUACCGCUGUGAGGCGCGCCCGGA